AUGCGCCCACAUGUGCGAUUGUUUCAAGAAGGAAAGCAUCCGCGAUGGUCGAAAGAUCAGUAUCGAGCGGAGAAUCAGCGCAUCAGGUUUACGCGGAUUGUUCAACAACAUGAGUCCAUCAAGAUUUCCACAAGAAGAGCCGAUUGUUCGAUCUGUGGUGAAUCAAUCACGAUGUCAACCGUCAUGCAACACAUCGAAAAGCACGUGCGAGUGUUGUCUCGAGCGUGCUCGGGAUGCGAAUUCUAUGCGUCACGCGAGCAAUUGGUCCAGCAACACAUUCGUGAAGUGCAUCCCCGAACUGAGCAGUGCAUUCCUAUCCGAUGUGUUGAUGAAGCAAAAACGCGGGAGCAAACCCGUCAAAUCGUCGAGGAAAUGUUUCCAGAGCUAAUUGCAAAGAGGAAUUUGAUUGGCAUGGUGUGUGGCCAAAAGAGGAAAAGCUUGGACGAAACCUCUGAAAGACAAGCGAAAGCGCAAAGGGUUGAAGGUGGAGCUCAACAUUUUCAGCCGCUGAAUGCACCCAGGCACAAGUCAAUUCGACCAGUGGUUGAUCGUCGAAGAAUAUUU